AUGGCAAUGGCAAAUAACAAAACACUAUGUUCUAUAUGUAAUAAAGACAAAAUAACAUAUCCUUGUAAAGGAUGUUCAAAAGAAUUUUGUUUAAUGGAUUUAACAGAACAUCGUCAAAUAUUAAAUGCUGAAUUACAUCGUGUCACUAAUGAAUAUAAUGAAUUUAAACAAAGAAUUAAUGAACAAAAACAAAAUCCACAUAAUCAUUCAUUAAUAAAACAAAUUGAUCAAUGGGAAAUAAAUUCAAUUAAAAAAAUUCAACAAAAAGCACAAGAUUUAGAAUAUUUAACAAACCAAUUGAUGAAAAUAACACAAGAAUUAAAUAAUUUAUCAAAUAUGUCUAUUCAACAAAAUUUGCAACCGUUUAUUAAUCAAAUUUCGAUUAUUAUAACAGAAAAACCAAAAUUCAAUAAAUGGAAGCAAAAUGCCAUCACUGUGGCUGCUGGAAAUGAAUGUGGACAUGAACUAAAUCAACUUAAUCUUCCUUUUGCAAUGUUUAUUGAUAAAAAGAAAAAUAUUUUCAUAGCCGAUUUUCAGAAUCAUCGUAUCGUUGAAUGGAAAAGUAAUGCAAAAGAAGGACAAAUUACUGCAGGUGGAAAUAACGCAGGAUAUCGAAUGGAUCAAUUACAUUAUCCAAGAGAUGUGAUUGUUGAUCAACAAAAUCAUUCGGUCAUCAUUGCUGAUUCUGAGAAUAGAAGAGUGAUUCAAUGGUCGAGACAGAAUUAA